UACAAACCGAGGACAAUGACGAAAAUUCUGCAAAUAGCCGUUGUGUGUCUUUUUAUCGUCGCUUCCAUUCAGGGGCGUCGAUUGAAAAGAGCCUCACUUAAGUAUGCCAUUUAUGCAUGUCGUCUUGACUGUGAUGGAAAGGAAAAUACUGUAUCUACUAAUCCUUCUCAAUCUACACAACCUUCUAUAGUAACAGAAUCUUCUGCAAAUACAGAAUCUUCUGAAGGAACAACACCUUCUGAAGGAACAACACCUUCUAAAGGAACAACACCUUCUGGAGAAACAACAUCUUCUGAAGAAACAACACCUUCUGAAGAAACAACACCUUCUGGAGAAACAACAUCUUCUGAAGAAACAACACCUUCUGAAGAAACAACAUCUUCUGAAGAAACAACACCUUAUGAAGAAACAACACCUUCUGAAACAACACCUUCUGAAGAAACAACACCUUCUGAAGAAACAACACCUUCUGAAGAAACAACACCUUCUGAAGGAACAACACCUUCUGUAAAUACAGAACCUUCAGUACCUACAACACCUACUGAAUGUACCCCAUCAGCUGACUCGAACGCCACAGAUUGUGAGAAUGAAAAAAAUGUUAUAUUGAUAUGGGUGCAAAUAACACAAAAUAUGCAAUGUGACAUAGGCAAUACCCUAAGAUCUUUCUUCACUGUGGUCUUCACUUCUAAAAUCAAAGCAUUAGUAGCUAUUAGAAAUGUAUUGGUCAACGGAUAUACAGAACUAACAAAUUCAGCCGUAAUACAAUUGAAAGCAUCAUUGACGGUGAUUCUUGGAGCAAGAUUUAAUGUCACCUCUAGUUUGAAGUCUAUACUUACGUCUGGAGUAUCAAGUGGACUUGAUUUUGCGAAUAAACUUGCCGCGGGAUUAAACGAAAAUAAAGACGUUUCUAUUACUAUUUCUCAAUUUUUCGGUUUCUUUUCUCGAAGUUCUGGAAGUAGCUCUAUUCCAUGCAUUUGCAAUGCUAUAAAUUCUUUCAAACAAAUCACUCCUUCUGAUCUAUCAAGUGUACUGACUUCCGCACUGAAUAAGACUUUAGGUAUCUUUGGUGGUAGUGGUGGUGUCAUUGUUGGAGGUGGCGGUAGCAGUGGAGGUGACGGUAGCAUUGGAGGUGACGGUAGCAUUGGAGGUGGCGGUAGCAGUGGAGGUGACGGUAGCAUUGGAGGUGACGGUAGCAUUGGAGGUGGCGGUAGCAGUGGAGGUGACGGUAGCAUUGGAGGUGACGGUAGCAUUGGAGGUGGCGGUAGCAGUGGAGGUGACGGUAGCAUUGGAGGUGACGGUAGCAUUGGAGGUGGCGGUAGCAGUGGAGGUGACGGUAGCAUUGGAGGUGGCGGUACCAUUGAAGGUGGCAGUAGCAUUGAAAGUGGCGGUAGCAUUGGAGGUGGCGGUAGCAGUGGAGGUAGCGGUGGCAUUGGAGGUGGCGGUAGCUUUGGAGGUAGCGGUAGCAUUGGAGGUGGCGUUACCAGUGGUUUUGGCCAACAUAUUGUAUCAGAUAACAGACACCAUCACAACAAAAAGCACCAUCACACCGCUAAUAAAAAACACCAUCACAAGCAAGAACACAACAAAAAACACCACCAUCACGAAAAGAAACACAACGAGGCUAAGAAACAUCAUCAUCAGAAUAAACACCAUCAACACCAAACCCGUCACCAUCACAAAAAAGCACAUAGAGGACAACACGAAAAACAACAAGAAUAAAAAGAAAAAUUACAACGACCGAAACUUCGAUGACGAACUUGGCGAUGACCACGGAUUUAGCUAACUAAAACAUAUGUCUUAACCCGAAUUCUGUAUUCCUAAUCGUAAGGUUGCUUCUAAUUUAUAAUAAAUGCACGACGAACAUUCCAAAAAUGAA